CCCCCCCCCCCCCCCCCCCGGCCCCCCUCCUGUCCCUUCCCGUACCCAUCCCAUCCCAAAAUCCAUAAGGCGGUGGCUUUUAUCCGCCUCUAGGGCCGCCGCGAGAGCGAAUUUAAGAUUUUUCCUAUCACUGCUCUCCUCAGAGCCACCGGCGCCCCCCUUCACGCUGAAACGAAAGCUUCCCUUCCCAAGCUGACAUUUUUCUCCUUGGCCCUUCCGUUCAAGGAGCUCCAUCAAUAAGAUCCACUCGCGUAUCAAGGGCUGCAAGCCGGUAGGAUUCGAUCAUGUUCAUCUCUUGGAUCUGGUGCUGUGCUCGUUUGAUGAUCCUAUCCCGUUGGAUUCCCAUUAGCAAGGUACAGAUGAAGACAGUGUCUUGCAGAUCAGAACUCUUGUUGAUCGGGACAGAGGGCUGUAUAGCUACGUUCGCAUGAGCUUUGAAUCUGGUCUCUCAUGGGCCGCAGAUCUGGGCUCUUAUUGGGCUGCCAUUGCUGUUUUGGCCCCCAAUGUGGUCCACUGCAGCAUACGGAGCCCACAGAUGAUGGUUCACCGAACGAUAGCAAUCCUUGUAUGUAAUGGGAUACUCGAUUUGAUGGCUUCAUCGAGAGGACGAGGGUGGUUACUUCAUACCAAUGCAAAUUAUGCAUGGGUUGGGUCACAAAUAAGAGCAAAGAUUGUAUGCCGGCUCAUCUUGGCCGCGUUGGAGGCAUACCCUUACCCCCUCGCAUGUCCCCCAGACCAUGCAGUAAGGCUAAUCUGCUGCCCCUACCGAUAGCAAAGGCGUGUUGGAUGUAUUUUGGUUAUCCGCUGCCCCCUUCUAUGUUUGAUCGAUUCGCUGUUGGUGUUGUUCCUAUUGCUGCCGGUGUACCUGCUGGUUCUUCGGUCCCUCCUGGGCAAGGGGACGCUAUGGAGGUGGAAGGCCUUGUUGGAGUGUGGGAUCCUCGAUUUGAUGACUUUAUUGAGAAGACGAGGGUUGUUACUUCUUACCAAUGCACAUUAUGCAAAGGUUGGAUCACAAAUAAGAGCAAGGAUUGUAUCCCGGCCCAUCUUGGCCGCGUUGUUGGCUUACCCUUGCCCCCUCGCGUGUCCUAUAAGCCAUGCAGCGAGGCAAAGCAGCUUCCUCUACCGAUAGCACAGGCUUGUUGGGCGUAUUUUAGUUAUCCGCUGCAUCCUAGUAUGUUUGAUGAAUUCGCUGCUGCUGAUGUUCCUUCUGCUGCCGGUGUUCCUUCUGCUGGUGCUUCGAUCCCUCCUGAGCAAGAGGAAGACCUCAAUGCCUCUAUGGUGCUGGACGACCUCUUGGCCUCAUUGGAGCUGGAACACCUUGUUGGAACUCCCUGGAAUGAAGAACAUGUGUCACCCCAUUGGCACUUUGCCCAGCCACCAGUUCUACCCUCCAGUCAUCACACUGCCCUUUUCCCAGCACUGUCCCAACCCCAACCCCAACCCCAACCCCAGUUUAGUCCACUGUCUGGGCAUGUUGGGAGCUGGGACUCUCAGGUUGGAGGUACUCUUCAGGGAGGUGGUAGUUCUGCACCAAGGGCAUGCUGGGGGAUGGGUUUCUCAGCUUGGAGUUGCACAGGAGGUAGGUGGUAGUUCUGGACCAGGGCAUGCCGGGGGAUUGGUUUCUCAGCUUGGAGCUGCACAGGAGGUAGGUGGUAGUUCUGGACCAGGGCAUGCCGGGGGAUUGGUUUCUCAGCUUGGAGCUGCACAGGAGGUAGGUGGUAGUUCUGGUCCAAAUGUCAUCGUUCUUAUAAAUCAUUUUCGACGGCUUUUUGAACAGAUGGGCCAGCUGCUUAAUGACUUUGAAUUGCAUUAUGGGGGAGCUGCUUAGGACUGUUUACUCUCUCAUUCUCUAUGCUUUAUUUUCUUUUGGCUUUGAGCUUUUUGACUUACUUUUGUGAGUUAAGCGACAUUUGUUGUUUUUGGAUUUGAGUUGACUUAAAAGUUUCGCAAGUAUGGGUUGCUCUUUGUUUUUGGAUUUGAUCUUUUGACUCACUUUCGUGAGUAUGCGAUGUUUCUUGGAGUGGUUCAGGGCUUUUUUAGUUUCUUGCCAGUAUUUUGUAAAUUUUUUUUUGGGAGUUCUCUGAUCUGUUACUGGCAUGUUCUUCACACGGGUGAAGAUCUGAUGGCUCGUUUGGUGGCGUUGCCGAAUGGCCUUUCUGGUUCCGGCGCAAAUAUUUCCUAUUUUGGAUGCU